UUUGUCCUCUCCUUUUGUGGAUUUUUCCUUUUCCCACCUACAGCCCUGGGCAGCAGGAUGCCAGCACAGGGAUAAUGCCACUGUUCUCCCUGCCUUAUGUCCCCACCACUCUGGUGCUGCUGGUCCUCCUGUUAGAGGUUGAGGGGUGCUCUCCCCUUGAGGCCAUCGGGACAGGCACGGUAGGGUGGUCACAAGUGCAGGGGAGGGCAGUAAGAGCACUGGUGUGCAGCAGGUACCAGUGCCUGUCCUUGCAGUGGCCCCGCAGCUGCCCAUGCCCCUGAUACUCGGAAAGACUGUAACUCGUGAGAAUUGAGAGUUACAAAGUAGGUAUGCAUUUAUUCAACGCUGAGGUGCUUGGGGGAUAGCUCCUCCCAAAGCAUGCACCAGGAAACGUCAAACUACUGCUAUGUUUAUUCCCUAGACACCUAGGAUUACACAAUAUGCCUAAUACAUACUAAUGUGCUAGUCCCGCCUAGUCUUGCCUACCAUCGCUUUGUUUUAAAAUAAACCAAAAGUCCUUUUGUGCUUGCGUCUCCUCAGUUCGGGUGUCGUCGGGGGUCUCUGAUGAAGGCUUCCCCUCCUCAUCGUACCUGAGCUUUUCAACUUUGUCUCCGGAGCAUGCAUCUUAGCCUCUUGGGCACAUUCCAGGCCUUGCCAUUAUUCCUCGCUGGUUUAAGGUUUUGGAUUUAUCACUUAUCACUGGUAGCCUUGCACCCCUCCCCCCAUUUGCGAGUUCUGGCUCCGUUUACCACAAACCAGUCUGCCUCUCCUGAUUUUUGCAAGCACAGUAAGUGCUAGGCAUUCCUUACUCCUCAGUUCCCUGUCUCCCCCUGUGCUUCCUCCUCAGCCUCUUCUCUGCAAGGUAAGGGGCUGGAGGUUUGGGAGGCUCGUGCCGUGGUGGGGGGGGCAAAGUUGGAGCCCUCCUGUGCAAUGUGGGCCUGGUGAGGGAGCGGCAGUGCUGAGCUGGACUCACGGAGCUCAGCUGGGGGCACAGAGAAGGGCUGUAGGAGCACACGUGCCGUAGGAUGGAGCCCGGUACCCGGCCCGUUCCGGCAGCAGCCGCCUCCAGGAGGGAGGAUCCAGCUAGCUCGUGCGACCGGGCAUGGGGCCCCGCGCCUGGGACGGCCAGACGGGGAAGGCUGGGGCCCGUGCGGGUCUCGGGGGGGCCCGCCGGGGCCCGGGAAGGACACGGGACAGGCCCCGCUGCCGAGGCACCUCGCGACACCCGGCGGCGCUUUACGGCCGCGACGCUUCACGGCAGCGCGACCCAGGCGCGGCGGCGGGGACGGGGCAGAGGGGUUCGGGGUGGCAUGAGCUUCUACGACGUGUUUCGUGGCUUCUUCGGGUUCCCGGGACGCUGCAGACCCCGGGACCCGCUGUUCGGCGGCGCGGUGUGGGACGAGGAGGAGGAUGGCGACCCGUCCACGUCGAAGCCCCCCCAGGAAUUCGGCUUCGGAUUCAACCCCGGUUCGUCCCGAGGCGCCUUCGAGGAGGUGUUCCUGGACAUGGGCGAGCUCCUAGGCGCCUUGGGGGGGUUCUGGGCCGAGUCCCAGCAGCCUUUCGAGCCCGCCCUGCCCGGCCCCGGUGAAGGCAGCGCAAGGCGACCGCUGAGGGACUCUAUGCUGAAGCACCCGGUGAGUCCCCCUGCCAGCGCAGCCCCGGGGAGUGCCGGGGGCGCCGGCGAUCUGACCCGACCGUGGAGACCCUUCUUAGGGCUGGAAGAUGCUCAUCGGGCUCCUCCUGGCCUCAAGGAAGAUCAAGACUUGGACUCCCAGGUCUCCUCUGUGGGGCUGGGGACCAUCCUGAGACCCAAUGAGCCCAAGUCCCACUCUUACUUCCAGAGUGUCUCUGUCACCAAAGUGACUCUCCCUGAUGGGGCAGUAGAGGAGCGCCGCACCAUGCAGGACAGCGAGGGCCGCCGAGAGACAACAGUAACGUGCCGGAGGGGGGACCAGGCCUUCAUCACCACCACCAAGGAGGAUGGGCAGAAGAAGGACUACCAGGAGGAGGUGGUCAACAUGGAUGACCGGGAGCUGGCACAGUUCACUGGCACAUGGCCACAGCAAGAUGAGCUUCGUUCUGCCAACCUGAGUGACCCCUCAUCUGUGCUGGGCAGCUUCUUCCGACGCUGGUUCUCAAGCCAGUAGCUGUGUCCAGUCCUGACUGAGCAGCCCGUAUGAGUGACAGAUGGGUCAGAUCUUGCUGGGAAGUGGUGCCUGGGCUGGAGGUUACUUACCUUCUGCAGCACUGCAGAGCUACAGAGAUCCCUGUGAGGGCCAAGUGUAUGUCUGUAUAGGGCAAUAAAAUCUA